AUGCCACCUCCAUCUCAUCCCACACGCAGCGCUGACAAACAUGCUAUCUUGAAGGUACUCGCCAUGCCGGAUCAUCCGAACGGCUCUUCAGCAGGCGCCCGGCGGCGGUCGACGGACGACGACAGCCACAGGAUCCGCACCUGCUCCAUCCCGCUCUCAUCCGGCUCAUCGCGGAUUGGCAACCUGGAAUGGUCCGAUCUCGGGCAGGCACUCGUGGUCACAGAGGACAGCAUCGUCGUUCUCUCUCCUCUCAGCCCCUUGAACCCCGCUCUCGUGCCUCAGAGCCGCGCUCACGACGUCGAAUGCCACCCUCGCUGGCAGGGUCGCUUCCCUCACUCGCUCGUCCAGAUCAACGUUCAGACGUUCCUCGAAAACGAAGACAGCCUUCGCAGCAGGAUCAUCCUCGAAGCAGACCAUUCCGCCGUCGACCCUCGCUUUCUCAACCUCCAAUGGACCUCCGCCACCUGGUCCAAACCCGGCAUGGGCCCGCAUGGAAGCUGCCUCAUCCUCGCCACCACCUCGGAACUCGAUCUGUUGGUGCUCGGCGCCCCUCGCAAUGCCUGGACUGGUGAAUGGCGCCUACUGCAUGCCGUCGAUCUUCAGCCAGUGGCGGGUCUUGCCCAAGUCGAUCUCCCCAAGUCAAGCUCUGCCUCGUCCCACGCCGCCGGCGACCGGGCCAUCUUCACCCCUUCACGAGCACUACUGCGAAAGAAGCAGAUGGCAACCGAGGUGCUCUGUGCCGCUUUCAUUGAUUUGCCCUCAUCAGCACCUCUGCUGGCCCUGUCCACUUACAUCAUUGCCGGCACUCGAUCCGGUCACCUCGCCGUCUGGGAGUGCCACGCUUCCACUGGCCAUUGCACCUUUCUCACCGCCACGGCCGUCAGCAACACAGCCAUCGAGCAAAUCAACUUGAGCGUGCAAGCUGCCGCUCUCGAAGCUGAUGCUCAAGCCAGAAUCGCCUUUCAAGACGCCGGCGGCAUCGGGCUGUGCGAUUUCUACGCUCUCGAGGAUCACGCCGUCCUCCAGCUCGCCGAAUCGCCGUCCGUCCGUUCAGGCCAUUGCAUGGUGACAGCCUGGCAUUGGUCCAAGCAUUGCCUCCUCUACGCUACGAUCGGCUCCAUCUACAUCUACGACGUCCAGUCCGACGAUACCACUGCAUUUGCGCUGGUCACUGACGUGGCUGGUGACGACGACCCUUACUCGCCCGUCGUAGCCAUCGAGGCAUCCCUGGACCCCGCAUUCCUUGCAGUGGUAGUUCUGCAAGACCUGCGCAAGUAUCGCAUUCCAUCGCUCACGGUCACGCCGACCGAAACGCAGCCCAUCCCGCUGCUACCAGUCUACGCAUCCACUUUGCUGGGAUAUCCCCCGCUCACCGAGAGCCUUCAGCGCAAGCACGACUUCCACCAAGCUUUCCUCGCCUACCGGUCCGACUCGGGCUCGAGCCUCGCCUCGUCUUCGCUCAUCGGUGCCAUCCGUACAGACGAACGCGUCGCCUUUCUCGGGUAUAAUGUUUCUGACACACUCCGGUACCAGCUCGAGCUGGUCCACAACAGUGCCGCGACGCCCGAACAAGCGAUCGACGAGGCGCUCGGCGCCUGCAUCCAACCGCAAUCGCGCUCAUUUCCGCCUUACCUCCUUGCGCGUACAGUUCUGGCUCUUCUCGCAACCUCGUCGGACCCAGACGUAUAUCGCACCAGCCUCCAGGCUGCCAUUCAGCAGCGAUGGCAAAGUUCACUGCAAACAUCCAAUAACGGCACGGAUCCAGAGCCGAGACUUGCAGAGGGUCGGCACAGGCAGGGGUGCCUGCUCUUCAUACUAACCUGCCGCUUGAGCGAGCAAUCCGCACAUCCACCGUCCGCGCUCGAUGCUCUGCGCAAGCAUCAUAAAGGCAGAGUUCUGGGUGACUGGCUGCAAAGACAAGUGCGCGACCUCACCGCGCAACUGUCUUCCUCAGCGCAACCAAGCGAAGAGGACCACAAGCUACUCGCGCGACUCACGGUGGCCGCCCGCAUGCUACCCGCAGCUUCGGUCGAAGCGCAAGAAGAGCAGCAGAUCGUGGUGACAGAAGAGAUCUGUGCCGCCUGCCAAACCCAGCUCACCAUGCGCUGGGACGAACACCAGAACGACUUUGGCUGGGCCAAGUGCCAAAACGGUCACGUCUGGCGUAAGUACCGUCUCGACUUUAUCCUGAGGGGCCCAAACGCCAGCUGA